AUGUUAGAUAAUUAUUAUACUGUGUCUUCUUCUUCGCCAAGCGAAUCCAGACACGAAUGAACCCAAGAGCAACCCGAACCUAGUGACUUUGCAGCUGCGUCGUCCUCUCUAACCGUUACCCUCUCUGUACAAGAAGAUUCUCGAAUCUCACAGCUUCUUCGUACUACUCAAGAAUCAAACGAUCCUCCAUUCAAUUCCGUUCGAAUUAGUACGAUUCCAAAAUUUUCAGGUUCCCACAUCGAUUUGGGCCACUAUUUUUCUCAUAAUCUCAGGCCUAUAUAAACCCUACUCAUUGACUUUGUUAAAGGGGAAUUUUAGCCUAAAAAACGAAAGAAAAGGCUUCUGGACCUGAAUUUUUCGAAACCAGGAAGCUUAGUUGAAUUUUUCAUUCUAGUCGAUUCGGAGUUUUCCUCUCAGGCGAGGUGGAGUCGCUUUCUUUGCUUGUCGUCUUAGUUAGCUGGUAAAAUUUCUGUCUUAAAUCUCUUUGCUAAAAAAGAAAAGAGACUGUGCAGCAGGGGUUUUCACACAGGAAAUGUUAUAUUUGAUGGGGAUAUAACAUGAACAUCCUCUAGUUUAAGUAUUGAGUUGAUAAAUUGUGGAUAGUUAAGAUGGGUUAUUAACUCUUGUAUGUGUGCUGCCGAGUUUGUGGAGAAGCUAGGUUCAUAGAUUUUUAAAAAAAUUAAUAAUCCAUAUAAGCUGAAGAUGGAGAAUAUGGUGUAUGCGGAGGAGCUUGUGAGGGAGUUUCUAGUAUUCAGAGGCUUUACAAACACUCUGCAGGCUUUUGUCAAAGAGUUGGGAACUGAUAUUGGCAAAGGAUUUCAAGUUGAUAAGAUAUUAGAUUUAAUUUUCUCCAUUUAUAUCCCCAAAUUCCAAGCUGAAAACCUCAUUCAACUCCUUCGCUUUUUCAACAACUGCUUUUCUUCUCACGAGACACAUCUUAUUUCUGUCAUAUCUGAGUUAGAUAUCUCUAUUAUACGCUAUUAUAUCAUUCAUGCCAUACAAGCUGGCAGAAAGGAUAAAGUCAUAGAGUUGUUUGACAUACAUGGCACUGAAUUGCUGCAAAAAGACCAACAUUGGGCAUCCUGGUUUGCAAUUCCAUAUGUUAAAGCUCCUCAAUCCGAACCCCAGUUUCGGGUAUACUUUUCUCAGGAGUGGUCCAAUGCAUUGCAUCUAUCUCUUAGAAAUUUUCUCACCAAGAUGUUUAAUGGCACUCGUAUCCCUGCAUUAAUGAAGAUCAGUUCUGAAAGGAAUAUGGUGAGUCGCCUCAAAGGAGACAUCAAGCAACUUAAUUUCAAACUUGCGCAACUUCAAGUAUCGUUGGAGGAGAAAGAGACUCAGCUGCAUCAGUUAAGGAGUAAUUCUUUGUUAGCAACGGAAGUCAUUGUUGGGACUGACAGCUCAUCAAAUCCUCUUGCUGGUUCUGGGGAACCCACAGUUUUCGUACCGGCGUCAUCUCAUGUUAUUUGUGUCUCUGCAAGUGCACAAACUGGUGAAAGAGAACCUAAACACAGUGAGGAUAGCAGGCCUGAUGAUACUCAAGUUUCAACUUCUAAAAUUAGUAAUCACAGUGGUCAGAGUGAGAGAAACGCUGGAAAUGAUGCGCAGCGAGAAGAAGAAUUCCCUGAAGUGAGAGUGGACUUCCAGGAGACAUUCUUAGGCCACACAAGUCCGAUAAGUCGUUGCCGUUUUUCUGCUACUGGGGACAAUGUUGCUAGUGCUUCUGUGGAUGGGACAGUCAGGAUAUGGACAUAUGACUCAUCAGCACCAACAUCAAGAAAUGCAACCAUCUAUUGUGGGGCAGAGAUCAUGUCACUUGAGUGGGAGUGCAAAUCUGACCGACUGCUUCUCAUAGGCACAGCUGAUGGAGGAAUCAAAGCAUGGAAUGUUGAUGCUAAACGUGUUGUUUGUGAUCUUAGUUGCACAGAAGCAUUCCCAAGCGUGUUGGAUUUAAAAUGCAGCCCUGUGGAGCCAAUUUUCGUAUCUGCUGCUGCAUCGAGAUGGCCUGGUUCGAGUGACAUUGGUAAAUUGGGCUAUGCUUCUUUAACUGUCUGGAACAUGAGGACAUGGAAAGCUAUGACAGUCCUUCCUCUUGGUGAAGAUCCACCUCCAAUUACUUCAGUAUGCUUCAAUCACAAUGGAAAACUUUUAGCAGCUGCAGCUACUGAUGGAAUGAUACACAUGUUUGAUAUGUCUGCUGGCUUGCAAAUUACUGGAUGGCCAGCACAUGAUUCUGCAAUUAGUUCUGUUCUGUUUGGUUCUGAUGAGACGAGCAUUUUCACUUUGGGUAUAGAUGGAAAGAUAUUUGAGUGGAGCUUGCAGAAUCAAGGCAAAGUACUUUGGUCAAGUGAUUGCAGCAGAUUCUGUAACCUUAGGAGUUCGUCACACUAUAAACAUGAAAUGGCUCUCGAUGCUUAUGGAAGAAGACUUCUGGUGACAUCCAACUCCCUGAGGGCGCCUAUAUAUCAGGUGCGAGGUCAUGCAUAUGGGAUGAGAACUCUUCCUCAUAGUGCAUCUAUAACAACAGUAGACUGGCAUCCGACAUCACCCAUCUUCUUGACUGGAUCUGCAGAUCACUCUGUUCGGGUUACAUCUAUGGCGUGACAACUUCUGAUUUGUCUGGUGUGUUUAUUUGGAUAGUCUGACUUAAAGGAGAUGAGUUGAAAAUGUCAUAUUUAUUCGUUCAUCCAGUGUCUAGGUGAACCUUAAAGCUAUCUGUCCAUUUUUAAGUUUGAUUACAACCAUUAGUCAAAGGGAUCAUCAGAAGCACAGAGUAGAAUAUAAAGGUGGUAGCUCGUUGUAAAUGAGGCUUACUGAAAUAUUAACUGAAAAAGGACAAAGAAGAGAGGUCUUGCUUCACGGACUCUUUGGGAAUCACAAAAAUCUCUUCAGGCGUCACAAUUGAAUUUUGUGUUGAUUGUACGAUAGGUGGACAAUUGGUUUAGUUUAUGCAAUCAGCAUCUGAACAUCAGCUUUGAACUAUCUGAUACAUUGAGAAGGGAUAGCUUUGAAUAAUUGAUAAUGGUCUAGAUUAUUUAGCUUCAUGUACUUGGUGUUCUAAUAUCAUCAUACCCAGUGUUUUGAUUGGUCCCUCCAACACUAGAGGUUCUUUUACAGUUACAUGUGGCGAAUUUGUCGUAACAUUCCAAUCCUUUUUUUCA